AAAUCACAAAAUCAAAAGUCAAAACAUUCAUAUUUUAGAAUUUAGGAUAAAAAUGGAAAUUAUCAGCUUAAAAUAAUGAAUAUUUGUUUUUCUUUUACGAAAUCGUUAUGUAUUUUCAUAAACGUAGUGUUGCCUUUAAAUCAAUAUGCUCGAUUGUAAGACUGCACAGCUUAUCUCGAAAAAACCACUAUGAUGUAUUAAAUUUACGGAGAAAUUGUUCAGAUCAGGAAAUCAAGGAUGCGUUUAUUAAAAUGAGCAAACAAUAUCAUCCAGACAAAAACAAAGAUGUCAAGGCUCAGGAAAAAUUUGUACAAAUUGUAGAAGCAUAUAAUGUUCUUGGCAAACCUAGCAGCCGAUCACAGUAUGACCAUAUAAUUACUAUGGGACAGAGAAGCUCUUCAUAUUAUUAUAAGACUAGUAAUCAGAACCAAUAUUAUAAUCAAGCAUACACACAGAAAACAUACCCUGAUUAUAACUUUUAUACACCACCAAAGGACUCAAAGAAUACAAAAACGGAUUACUAUGGAGUGAAAGGGUUGAAGAAACUUCCAAAUAUGGCUAUAAUUUUGCUGUGUUUCAGUGUAGCAUUAAUAGGAACAAUAUUGCAAAUUAUUGUUAUAAGAGAGGCAUAUGUAGGACAUAGGACAAGAACAAUUGAACAGUCGAAAAUGUUGGCUAAAGAAUUAGAUAAAGUGAGAGAGAAUGCAGUUGGUAAAACCAAUGAGAUGCAAACUCAAGCAAUAUUAGAGAAAAUUGUAAGAUCUUCAAAUACAACAGUUGCUACGGCCACUUUAGGACAUUCACUGGCCAACGAGAAAAAAUAAAUCACCUCGAUAAAAGUAGAACACAAACUCUUUAGUGAAAGUAAAUUUCUGAAUGAUAAAUUUGGGUCAAAUUUAAAAUUUGGGCCCGAUUUAUUGGAUGUUAUGGUGUUUUUAAACGAAAUUUAUUUAUUUGAUAAGCAGUAUAAUAAUUUUGUAAAAAUAUUUUUAUAUAGACAAAUGAAAAUACCUCACAAUGUUUUUGUAAAUAUUUAAUUUAGACUUGUAAAUAAAAUUAUCAUUGAAA